UUUUUCUUUUUUUUUUCAAUUUCCCCAUCGACUUGAUCAGUUUCUCCAAGUAUUGAAUUCACUCGUGUAUUAACUUGGUUCAUUGGUUUAGCAUUUACUCUCUUUCAACUGAUCUACCAUUUGAAUUGACUUUUGAUUCGCUAGGUGCUUGUACUGAUAAUUUUUUUACCCAAUUGGAAAAAAAAUAGCUAUCCUUCGAUAAGCAUCUUUGAAAUAUAUUCAACAAUCCACCAAUUUGAAAAUGACGAAUCAACAAGAUUUAUGGAAUAAUCAACAACGUCCUCUAGGUCAACCAUUCAAUGGUCGUCAGCAUCCUCCAGUAUUACCACCUCCUGCAACUUUAGAAGCGGGCGGUCAAUCUUUUUAUCCUUUACCAAGUCUUCCUAGCCUAGGUAAUGGUGCAGGCCAUCCACAACCUGGUCAUGGAUUUACUAUUCCAUCAAUCAAUCCAGGAAAUGAUUCCAUUCAUUCCCACGAUCAAUCAAGACAUAAUCAAGGUAUAAGAAGACAUUCAGGUGUUAAUAUUCCCGGCCAAUCUCAACAAUUACCUCCUCCUUCAUCCAUAGCUCCAACUCCAAAUUCAGUUAAUGCAUCUCUUGCUACUCCUACAUCUUCGGCCCCACCACUUGCAACUGCUCCUUCAGUGUCACAACCCCAAGGUGUUUCUGCUGAACAACAGGCCCAAGCUCACCAACAGGCCCAAGCUCACCAACAGGCCCAAGCCCAAGCCCAAGCCCAACAACAACAAGUUCAACAGCAACAACAAGCUGCAGCAGUGGUGGCCGCCCAACCUCCCAUUCCUCAAGGUGUCUUGAACCGUUCUAGUACUACUAAUGUUUACAGACCAUUGAAUGUUAAAGAUGCUUUGUCGUAUUUGGAUCAAGUCAAGGUCCAAUUCUAUAAUCAAGCUGAUGUUUACAAUAAUUUUCUAGAUAUAAUGAAAGACUUUAAGUCUCAAAGCAUUGAUACACCCGGUGUGAUUGAUAGAGUUUCUACCUUGUUUAGAGGUCACCCUAACUUGAUUCAAGGGUUUAAUACAUUCUUACCUCCUGGUUAUAAAAUUGAAUGUUCUUUAGAUCCCUCUGAUCCAAACCCAAUCCGAGUCACUACUCCAAGCGGUACUACUACUAGACCAAAUCUUAAUGGCUCGUAUGCUCAACGUUGGGGAAAUGCUAGUGGUGAAUCUCAAAAUCAACAACAAGUUACUCAUUCUCAAGAAUCCCCUCAAUUACAACAUGGAUCUACUGGUCAUCAAUAUAGUCCGGAACAACAACACCCACAAGGUGAACAGCAACUUGCUCAAGAUGAACAACAACAAAAUGGUGGCCAAAUAGAAUUCAACCAUGCUAUUUCUUAUGUUAACAAAAUUAAAACCAGAUUUGCUAAUCAACCAGAUAUUUAUAAACAAUUUUUAGAGAUACUACAAACUUAUCAACGUGAGCAAAAACCAAUUGGUGAAGUUUAUGAUCAAGUAACUGUUUUAUUCGCAAAUUCACCAGAUUUGUUAGACGAUUUCAAACAAUUUUUACCGGACACCAGUAAUCAACAAGGUUACCUUCAACAACAAGCUCAACAAAUACCUACUCAACCACAAGUUGGUCAAGAACAUGUAUAUUACGCAAAUGGUUCUGCUCAAUUACCGCCAGUUGGUAAUUUUCAACCUCCCACAGGUACUGCUCCAGGUGGAGUUGAAAACCAAUUUCAAGCUCAACCUGCUCCAAUUGGUUAUCCUGCUCAAAACCUUGAAAUGCAACAAAUUCCAGAUUAUCUUGAAAAGAAGAAGAAAGGUUCGGUCUCUCAUGAGCAAAGUUAUGAUGCUAAUUAUAAUCAAGAAGCCCAAUAUUCUACUUUGCGUACUGGUGUCCAAUCAACUGCCAAACCAGGCAAAUUGACUACUCCAGGUGCUUCUACCAAAGUUGAAACCGUUGGCACUGUUACUAAUCCAACUUUGGUUCCGGGAAUCCCUGAGCCAAUCCCUCCAUCAACUUCUGUUAAAUCUUCUUCGCUUUCUGAAGAAAUAAGCUUUUUCGAUAAAGUUAAAAAAGCAAUCGGUAAUAAACAAACUUAUAAUGAGUUCUUGAAAAUUUUGAAUUUAUUCACUCUAGACAUUCUUGAUAAAGAGACUUUAAUUGAGAGAGUAGAGUCAUUUAUCGGCGAAGGUCACCCGGAUUUGAUAACUUGGUUUAAAAUGUUUGUUGGUUACGAAGAUAAACCUCAAAGUAUCGAAAAUAUUACAUUUAGAAAACAUCAAUUGGAGUUAUCUUUAUGUAAAGCAUACGGUCCUUCUUAUAGACAGUUGCCAAAGGCUGAAACUUAUAUGCCUUGUUCUGGUAGAGAUGAAAUGUGCUGGGAAGUUCUUAAUGAUGAAUGGGUUGGCCAUCCUACUUGGGCAUCUGAAGAUUCUGGUUUUAUUGCUCAUCGUAAGAACCAAUAUGAAGAAAUUCUUUUCAAAAUCGAAGAAGAAAGAUUAGAAUUUGAUUAUCACAUGGAAACUAAUUUGAAAACAAUUCAAACUUUGGAAACUAUUGCUAAUAGAAUUGCUAAUAUGACUCCGGAACAAAAAGCCAACUUCAAACUACCACAAGGUUUGGGCCAUAACUCUACCACAAUCUACAAAAAGGUUAUCCGUAAAAUAUAUGAUAAAGAUAGAGGUUUUGAAGUUAUCGACGCUUUACAUGAAAACCCUGCUGUCGCUGUGCCGGUUGUUUUGAAAAGAUUGAAACAAAAAGAUGAAGAAUGGAAAAGAUCUCAAAGAGAAUGGAACAAAGUCUGGAGAGAAAUGGAACAAAAAGUUUUCUAUAAAUCUUUGGAUCAUUUAGGAUUAACUUUCAAGCAAGCUGAUAAGAAAUUGUUAACUGCCAAGCAAUUGGUUAGUGAAAUAAGUACUGUCAAGGUCGAACAACAAAACAAAAGGUUACAUCCUUUGACACCAAAGCCACAAGAACAAUUGAACUAUAAAUUUACUGACUAUGAUGUAUUAUAUGAUAUUGUUAGAUUAGCAGAAGUUUUCAUUUUCCGCUCCUCAAACUAUUCUGCCAAUGACCGUGAAAAACUUAGUGCUUUCUUCAAGUACUUUAUUUCUUUAUUUUUCAAUGUUCCAAACGAUGUUAUUAGCAAGGCAAUGGCGGCUAGAAGUAAUGAAGAAGCUCAUGAAGAACCAAUCUCAAAUGGUGAUCCUGCUCAAGAAUCUGAAACACCCGAUGAACCAACAUCCGUCUCAAAGAAACGUCAUCGUGAAAAUGAUUUAUUACGUGAUGUUUUAAAGAAGCAAUCGAAAUCCAAAAAGGAUGAUCGUGCUGAAUCACCAUCGCAUAAUUCAAGUGAAUCUGAAGAUCAAGAAGUUAUUGACCUUGUGGAAAAAUCAAGUGAAUUAUGGAUUAAAGCAACCAAUGCCAACUCUGGUUCUGAUAGUCAAGAUGCUUCCAAACAAGAAAGACGUGAUAAAUUUAAUUUGUUUUGUAACACAACGGUUUAUGUUUUUUUCCGUCAUUUAAGAACUCUUUAUGAAAGAUUAGAAGAAAUUAAAGGGAUGAACGAAGUUGUCGGAAAGGAAAUUAAAUCUCGUAAAAAUCCUCAGUUUGCAAAAGAUUUGAAUUUGUUAUCUCACCAACUUGAAGAAAUGGGAAUUGAAAUUGUGGGUAACAAAGAUUGCUAUAAACAAGUAUUGAGCUUAUCAGAAAAGUUAAUGGAAGGUGAUAUUGAACAUCAAUGGUUCGAAGAGACUUUACGUCAAGGUUACAGAAACAAAGCUUAUAAAAUCUAUACUGUUGACAAAGUUGUUCAAGCGAUGGUGAAAUACAUGCAUUCAAUGAUUACUGACUCGAAAACUUCUGAAAUGAUUGUCUUAUAUGAAAACGACAGAGCUAACCCAGUUUCUACUGCAAAAGAUCAAAUCUUAUAUAGGAUGCAAGUCAGAUCUUUAAUGUCAAAUGAUGAAAAUAUGUUUAAGAUCGCCUACAAAGAGUCUGAUUCUACCGUCAAUAUUCAAUUCGUCAGUAUUGAUGAUUUAACCAUCAAUGAUCAUGAGAAUGCUGAAGAAGAAUACAACUACUAUGUCACUAGUUAUGUCAUGUCUCAUCCAACUGAAGGUGUACCUGCGUCGAAAAUCAAUAUGCCAUUUGCUAAAUCCUUCCUUGAUAACGUUGAUGAAGAUCAAUGCGAUGGCCGAGUUUCUGCUGGUUUGAGGGUUUCCAUCUGUGAGAAUUCAUAUCGCUUAUUCUUUGAGGCUGGAGCACAUGAUGAAUUUACCGCUAACUCUGUUUAUAGUAAACCACGUGAAGAUCAUAGAACAAAAGAGGACAAGGUCAAUCACUUGAAACAAUUGAUUGAUAGCGAAGAGUUUGGAUGGAAACUGGGAUUAGAAGAAGAUGCGAAUACCAGCAAAAUUGAAGAGAAAAUUGACAUUUUAUUCAAAGAUGGAGUCAAAUCAUAUAAAAGUUUUGAAGUAGCUCAAGCAGAUAUUGAAAUGAGAGAUGCAGAAGCCGAGGCCGAAGCCGAAAAAGCAGAAAUGAAAGUCGAUGCUAAAACCGAAGGAGAAGCAGAUGCAGAUACUAAGGCAGAAGUAACAGCAAACUCGGAAAAAGUUCCAGAAUCUCUGGGGACAGCUCCAUUGGAAGAGUCAAAUGUUGAAGAUGACAAUAAGAAGGAAACUGAUACCGGAGAAAGCAAGGAAGAAAAACCAGCUGACAAGCACUUGGCUCCUCCAGCAAAGUCAAAUCCUGACGCAACAAUCGAUGCUGACUCAACUGUCGUUCAGGAACAUAACGAUACAACUAUCCACCAAGAAGCCAAUGACACAACUGCAGAUGAUACUGUAAAUCAAGAAGAUGUCACCAUGGCUAACGAAGAUAAACAAAACGAACCACAAGUCCCUCCUUCAACGGCUCUGAGCAAUGCUGCCACUGAUCCUUCAUCGACUUCUAAUACUUCAGAUUCUGCAAUAAAAAAUGAAACCGAGCCUUCAAGUGCAUCCACAGCAAAUGCAGCAUCUGCUGAGAUUCAAAAGACCCAAUAAAUCCCUGUUUUUUUUUUUCAACCUGUAUUUUUAUAAGUUGUGUUUAACGAUCAUUCUCUCAUGUUGUUAUUAUUCCUGAUGUUUAUAUUUUAUUCUUUCUACAAAAACAGAAACGGCUCAAUCUGAUUAUUCUCAUAUCAUUGAUGCUAGCUUAAUUUUCAUAAUUUAUACUUGCUUGCUUUUUUG